AAGAGACAGCACAUUCGUAUGCAGAAAAGAAUUGACAGACUGACCAAAGUUACUUAUAGAAACAAUAUGCCAACGCUUGGAUUAAUUCUUUACCAAUUCAUAAGGUAUAUAUUGAGUAUAGAGAGUAGUGAGGAUCUGGAGGAGUAUAUGUUGGAACUGCUGGACAGGGAUGAUCGCAGGACCAAACCAUUUCUACGGGAACUUAUUGCUCGCUGGGGGCCAUAUCACGAUUCCAAGAACAACACUGGCCAGAUUUAUCAAAAAUCAGCUUUUGAUGAAGAGUAUAUUGUUGGAAAAGAGAAAAGAAAAAACACCCAGUCACAUAAAGACAGAAGUGCCAUACAAAAGAAGAUUGUUGUCAAUGGAUACGAUGUUGAAAAUAGGGGUAUUUUGCCAGGGGAAGAGAGAGCGACAACAACCCCCUUACUGCCAUCACCACGGGAGUCUACAGAGAAGGAAGUGAAGAAGAAGCAGAAGUUUGUCCCCUUGUACAGCAAGGAAGGCCAGGCUGUGUCCAUUGUACAGCUUCCAGGUCGUCAUGUAUGUGAGUGUCAGGCUGCAAAGCAUCGCCUGGUCAAUAACUGCAGCCGUUGUGGACGUGUUGUGUGUGAACAGGAAGGUGCUGGGCCAUGUCUCUUCUGUGGUCACCUGGUUUGUACUAGAGAGGACGAGGAGGUGUUAUCACGGGGGUCACGGAAGAGCGAAAAGCUUCGUCAGCAUCUGAUGCGUGAAAUGCCUAGUGAGCUGCUGGGGAGGCACCUGUUCUCCCGUGACACAGACUACCUCCCCAACACCCGUGCAAAGAUGCAGGACAGCCUCACAGUGGCACAGAAACAUAAGGAGAAACUGCUGGAAUAUGACAAGAACAGUGUUCGUCGGACCCAAGUGAUAGAUGACGAGGCAGAUUAUUUCUCAACUGACUCCAACCAGUGGCUUAAUCAGAAGGAUCGAGAACAGUUACGCAAGAGAGAGGAAGAGCUGCGCUCAAAACGUUACGUAUCACGUAAGGACAGAAAGAUAACCCUGGACUUCGCUGGGCGACAGGUGAUAGAGGAAGACCCGAGUGCUAACGUCAACAUGUAUGAUGUGACUGAUGACAUUGUUCAGAAGGUGAACUUUGGUGCAAGACCCAAGGAGAAGAAUGUGUCCACAACUUUGUCAUCAACUGGAGAUGAAUACCUUGUUAAUCCCCUUAUCGAUGUGAAACCCCCAAAGUUUGUGCCCCAAGGUGGUCCUACACAUGCCGCAGGCGGUGGGAGUGUGGUUGGGAUUGGGAGGUCGCUACCGCGGAUACAGGACCGAGAGUUACAGGAGAUGUCUGACCAGGGAAUGUGUAUGAGCAUGCACCAACCCUGGGCCUCGCUUUUGGUUGCUGGCAUUAAAGUCCAUGAGGGUCGUACCUGGUUUACCGCCCAUCGAGGUCGCCUGUGGAUUGCUGCAACAGCAAAGACCCCCGAGCCUGCUGAGGUGGCUGAUAUGGAGGACAUCUACAGGCAGCUCUAUGACAACCGGUCCCUGGAGUUCCCAAGUCACUACCCGACUGGCUGCCUGCUGGGAUGUGUGGAUGUUAUAGACUGUCUACCCCAGGACACGUAUCGGGAAAAGUUCCCAGACGGAGAGUCCGCCUCCCCAUUUGUGUUCAUCUGUGAUAACCCCCUGCAACUCCUUGUCAAGUUCCCUAUCAAGGGCAAACAUAAAAUAUACAAUCUUGAGAGUCAUAUACACAAGGCAGCCAAGAAGGGACUUAGAUAACACAUGUGAGGAAGCCUGCAGCAAAAUCAGAAAGAGGCACCUUGACUCGCUCAUGUUUUUGGACCAAAAAUUAGGAUUCCCCGUAAUGCAUCUGAAAACACUUAUUUUAUCAUUAUUUUACUCUACAAUAACCAAAUUGCAGAAAAAAAUACAGUUAUAGCAUGAAAAAGUAUUUUGGUUUUAGUUUGGUUCGAACCAACGCCGGUAAAGUCAAGAAAAAAUUAGAAGGCAGCCUACUAGUCCACACGGCCAGCGGGACUAUAACAAAAGUGGUGGAUAUGUUGACCUCUGAUACAAUGAUAACAUCACAUGAUAAUGUCAAUCAACCAAUCCUGCAACAGUCGUAAUUAAUUUUCAAUCACGUUAUAAACGCUAAUGAAAAUUGUCUUCAAAGAUGAUAAUUGAGCAAAUAUCAACAUUUGCUGAAGGGUUUCAGCUUUUGGUAUUUUUGUUUUUACACUCCUUAUGAUUUCCACACUUUAUUUCGUAAUAUAAAAAGAGUGCAUUGUACAAACCAUGAAUGAGUGUCAAUAUACCGAAUGGACACAAUUUUAUCUCGUCUUGACAUAUUAUACAUGUUACAAGUUUCCUGGCAGUAAGGUCAACUGUCUUAAACUUGUUUUUUUCUUCGGGAGCAAUAAUUUUGUGAUGAGAAAUUUAAAAUUUGCAUAACAAAAUGUUGAUAAGUUAAAUAAAUACAGACUUGAGAAACACAGUUCCUGCUUUUGGACCCCUUUGCAAGUUUGUAAUGCACUAAAAAAUUUGUUUACAAGACAAAAAUAUGCAGGGAAUAGAAUACAAAAAUCAUAUUAAAUUUACUGAUAUUAUGUCUAUUCAACAAGAAAUGAAAGGCUUACCUUUAUGAUUAUGAUUACAUUAUUUGAGUGACAUGUUUUAGUAAUAAUAUGAUGAUUUUUUAUUUUUUUUAUUAAGAUCAUACUCCUGAACUUGAUGGGACAAAGUAUUUUAACAAAAUGUUUUUUAAUAAAAAUAAGUUCAGAAUU